AUGUGUUGCUGCUUGUCAUGUGUUGGGUUUUGGGCAGCUGGCUCUGCAGAAGGCGACCGGACCUCUCUCGGGAACACUCGCUUUGCGUUUUCGCUGCCGCAAUGGAGGGAGGCACGAGGGCUCCCGAUCUCGUCCUGGACCGGCGUGCACGUCAAUGACGGAGGUCGCGUGGAAAAGCUGGACCUGCAUGGAAAGCAACUAAAAUGCGUGUUUCCUCGACAGUUGUGCGAGCUGGAAGCUAUCAAAGAGCUCAUCCUGCACACAAAUCGGAUCUCAGGAACGCUCCCGGCGAAGCUUGGGGAGCUCAGCGAGCUCGAGAAGCUCGAUCUGUGGGACAAUUUCUUAGAAGGAACGAUUCCCAAGACCCUGGCCAAGCUAAACGCGCUGACAGAGCUCCAUCUCUCGGGGAACUUCCUCACCGGUCCGAUCCCGCGGGAGUUAGGAAAGCUGAGCAACCUCCGCGUGCUGUACCUUCACGGGAACAAGCUUAGCGGUGAGAUUCCGCGGUCCCUCGGAGAUCUCAAAAGGCUACAGAAGCUCGUCCUCAUCAACAACCGGCUUACCGGGCCGAUUCCGCCUGAGCUUGGGAACCUAAAGGUUAUCGUGGAGAUUAACCUUGCCAACAACCGCCUCAGUGGGCCUAUUCCCGCGGGGCUCGGUAAGCUGAGUAACCUGACCAAGCUGUACCUUUGGGGGAACAACCUCAGCGGCUCCAUACCCGAGGAGCUCGGCGAGCUGGCUCUAUUGGAGAAGCUUGACGUCGCGCAGAACGCGCUGCUCAUGAGCGGCGGAGGGAUCCCCCUCUCCCUCCGGAACCACCGAAACUUCCGCCGCUUCGUCUUCGCCGUCCCAGAGCACGGGGCCCCCAUCCCCCCCUGGCGCUCGAAACGCUCCCUUAUCCCGGCCCUGGUCUUGGGAUACCUCGACCUCUUCACCGACCUCGCCACCGUGCUAUCCUACUGGAGGUCCGGGCUUACGCUUUGGUUUGCCAUCGGCGUCGCGUUCAUCACCGGGCCGGCGCUGUGCGCCGGGGCGUACGUGCUGAGGGAGAAGACGGUCGGGAGAGGGAUAGCCGCGGCGACGCAGCUGGGACUGAUCGUGGAGGGCCUGAUCUCGGUGAAGGAGGAGUCGUACUCGCACGCCCUCGUGGCGCUGAGGGUGCUGGAGCCCCUGUUCCAGUCGCUGCCGAUGCUGCUGCUGCAGACCCAUGUGCUGCUGGUGAGCGAGGAGUGCUUGGCGCUACGGGUGGUCUCCGUGAUGGUGUCGACGCUCUCGCUCGCCGUUGCGAGCACGGGGAUCGUGGCGGAGCAUCCCCUGUCACAGCUUCGGUGGUCGAGGGGGGUCAAGUACCCCACCGCGAAGCUCCCGCUCGCUUCGAGCAUGUUCUUCGGAACGGUCCCCUUCGCCGGCAGCGUGUGCGUCCGCAUGGGCUUCCAACUGCACCCGCAAGACUUCGUCUGGUGGUUUCUCCUCUACCAGCUGAUGGAGAUCAUCAGCAGGGUGUUGUCGCUAGGGGUGAUCGCCAUGCCCCUGGGUUACUACUUCUUCUGCCUGCUGGCGUGGCUGUGGCUGAGUCGGACGUUCAUCGCCUGCGUUUCCAUCGGGGACUCGGUGGUGCGCGAGAAGCUGCGGUUCCGCAAGCUGAUCCGCUUCGCCGCGGCUCCGAUAAUGGACAGCGUCAUCGACAGGGUGAAGGCGUACAAGGUGUCGUGUUUCUUCACGUGCGUUGAGACGGCGUGUUUCCUUGCGGUGGGGAACGCGUUGCCGCACGCGGAUGAGACGAGGGCGUCCGACCUAACCCGAAGGGUAUUUUCGGUGAUCUCCCUCCUCGCCAUGGGCGGCAAGAUCGCCCUGGGCACCGCGCUCGUGGUCCCGUUCAAGGCAAAGAUCAGCGAGAAUCUUCCCCCCGCGAAGGGCGAGCUGAGGCCGCUACCCGGGCCCCCCGGCGAAUCAUCCUCCGAUGACUCGAUCAGGAAGUCCCGCCGCAACCCGGGGGGGCUAGGCGACGGUACCACCGGCCCCGCUCUCCCGAGCCCCGGCACCGCGGACAUUAGCAUGGAAUCCAUCAUGGCUGCCGUGGACACCGCUGCAGUAGUGGCAGCAGUCCCUGCUGGUGACGGCAGCGGCCCCGUGGAUGUGGAGACCGGGGGGGGGGGGAGUAGCCGUGGCGGAGCGAGUGCCGGUGGUAGCGGCACGAUCGCUGGCACGCUGGCCGUGCAGGCUGUGGAAGAGGCGAGGUGGCCGGCGUACGAGUCUGGGGGCGGUGGAGGCGAUGGUGAUGGUGACGGUACCAGUGCAGGCAAGGAUACGGCUGCAUCCCCGGGGUGCAAAGAGGGUGAAGACGAUGUCAGGAGGUCUUGGGCUGCUUCGGCCUCAGAAGAAGGGGACGAGAAGCAAGAGGGUGUGGCGCCGUCGCACGAAGUUUGA